UAUAAUCAAACGGACCCUAAACAUGGCGGCUUCUGUGUGUCAAUGGUAUAAACUGUGUAAACUUGCCUGAGCUGAAACAACAGUGUGUUAAUGAUGACUUUACUUUGAAAACAUGGGUUUGGUGAGGCACGUCGUGUGCGCCAUGUCCGGCGGCGUCGACAGCUCUGUCACUGCUUUGUUACUCAAGAGAAGAGGCUUCAGUGUGACAGGGGUUUAUAUGAAGAACUGGGACCCUGUGGAUGAGAGAGGAGUGUGUUCCACAGAGAAGGACUGUGAGGACGCCUACAGAGUGUGUCACAUCCUGGACAUCCCCUUCCACCAGGUGUCCUAUGUCAAAGAGUACUGGCAUGAAGUUUUCAGUUAUCUGUUGAAAGAGUAUGAGAAGGGCAGGACACCAAACCCAGACAUAGUUUGCAACAAGCACAUCAAAUUCAACCAUUUCCACAAGUAUGCCAUCAACACUCUGGGUGCGGAUGCCAUGGCAACAGGCCACUAUGCCAGGACGUCACAGGAAGAUGAAGAUGUCUUCCAGCAGACGCACAUAGCUCCGUCCACCACGCUCUUCAGAGAUCGAUUUGAGAUCAGAAAUCCGGCGAGGUUGUACAAAGGAGCAGAUCUCCUCAAAGACCAAACCUUCUUCCUCAGUCAGAUCUCCCAGGAUGCCUUGCGACAAACCAUGUUCCCGCUCGCUGGACUCACCAAGGAGUUUGUCAAAAAGAUUGCUGCUGAAGCAGGGUUUCACCACGUUCUGAAGAAGAAAGAGAGCAUGGGCAUUUGCUUCAUCGGUGAGAGAAACUUUGAAAACUUUAUUUUGGAGUAUCUAGAGCCGAAACCAGGGAACUUUGUCUCCAUUGAAGAUGGGAAAGUAAUGGGAACACACAAAGGCUGGUUCACUCUGACGCUGGGCCAGAGGGCGAGGAUAGGGGGGCAGAGAGACGCUUUGUUUGUGGUGGAUAAAGACAUUACAACAGGAGACGUGUUUGUGGCUCCGACGACAAAUCACCCAGCUCUUUUCCGUGACACUGUGCGGACAGACCGCUUCCACUGGCUCACAGUGGACCCGCCCCCUGAACUUGUCAAGACCCAGAUGAUGGAUUGUCACUUCCGCUUCAUCCACCAGAUGCCGCUCAUUCCCUGCACGGUGACUCUGAACAUGAACGGCUCCGUCUGGAUCUCACUCUCCCAGCCAAUCAGAGCUCUGACACCUGGACAGUUUGCUGUGCUCUACAAAGGGGACGAGUGUCUGGGCAGUGGGAAGAUCACCCAGCUGGGGCCCAGUGAAUACACACUCCAGCAGGGCCGAGAAAGGUUGAUGGCAGCGGCGCGGCAAAGGGAGGAGCCGACCCCUGAACCGCCCAGCUGAGAAGACCUCAUAGCUGCAGAUGUGGUCUGUCCGACACAUUAGGUAGAGCAACACUGUUCAUGAAAACAGGCCUUAAAUGUCCCCCUGGAGGCCAAACCUAAGUGGCUGGGAACAGUUGAUUGUGUUGUUUAAUGCUCAACUUUGACAUCUCAGCAGUGUUGAAGACACAGGAACAAAAUAGUUGAUUUCUGUGUCUGUAUCUGCUCACUGCUCAGAUAUAUCUUCCACAUUCAAGGUGUUUUUUUGUUUAUUUGGGCUAAAAUAAGAUGUGUUUUUCAAAAGAAAUCACCCCAAAAAGAAUAGAAUUCAAAAUCAAGAUCAUCUUUUUAAAGAAUUAGUCAUAUUUUAUUUUUGUUGUUGAUUGAAAAGAGUCCACAAACUCAAGCUGCUACUUGGAGCUUUUUUUUUAGCUCUUCGUGAUUCUGGUGGGAUUAGAUGUCAGCCAACAAGGCGACAUGUGGAUUUACAGAUGUUGUACAUGACGAUGACACAGUCUGGUGGAAUCAGACUAAUCUGUAAAUUAAAACAACUGUAAUAUUUUUGUUUAUGUGAAAUCAGAUUCAAACCUCCCUCUCUUCUUUUCUCACUGUCACUCAUGUUCAUUCUGCCUCUGAGCCGACUGCAGACCUCCACAGCAUUUUUUAAAAUAUGUGUCAUGACACUUAAAGCUGCAUCCAGACAUAUUAUCUGAUGUUGACAGCGGUGAUCAGUAGUAAUCGGUGACUCUGCGUAGUUCUUUGAUUCACUGUCACAAAAUGAGACAGUUUUUCUUUUUGUUUUGUUGCGAAUUGUCUUUACCCUUUUUUGUGUUUUCUCCUCUGAUGUGAAAUUCUGUAAAAAGCCAAUUGAUGGUGAAUAUAGCGGAAAUACUUUCCUCAAAACAUGACAAUUUAAAAAAACUAAAUAUGUGUCUGCCACGUUUAGAGACUGUUUUGUCAAAUAAUUGAAAAAAAAUAAUGACAUUUUAGUGUUAUUACUCAACUGUUUUAUAAUUCAUAUUGAUUCCUUGCUAAAAAUAAUUCUAGUGCCUUUUCAGUUACUGUUGCGAUGUUGCUGUCAAUCGGCGUAACUGUAAAUAAGUGAAUAAACCGAAUAAGUUUG